AUGUCCUUCCACGGAGGAUCUUCGCACUAUACCUGGCAACAGGCUGUAAACUACACAUAUCUCCACCACCAGCAUCAGAGCGAAAAUAUCGACCCCCAAGAAUAUCUAACAGAUGGACAUAACCUCCAAGCCAACAAUAAAGAACUCAUACAGACAAUCAGUGGACUGCUGUGCGAGAACGAAAAUUACAGACAGGACCUCGAAGCCGCAGACCAAGCGUACGAGCUCGCGCAAUAUAUGUCGUACGUUGCGCAGUCGACUUUCGAGACCCAGAAGCACUAUUUUCAGUCAGCAGAGGAGGCCUACGCGCAGGCCCAAGAGCAGAUGAUGAGAUAUACUGAGUUGUUGGCCGACGCUUGUGCGAGGACGAGGGCUUGGGAGGCCCAGCUUCGCUUUCGGGGGUAUACGGUCGAUGAUUUGAAUGCAGUGUUGGAGGACAGGCAGGCCAUGAUCGACGAGUAUCGGCGCCGCAUCGGGCAGGUCGAGAAUCCGUGCUGGGCUGCGGAUGUCUGCGCGUGGAGGUAUCUCCUGGUCGAAGAAGGUGAGAUUCUGGGGGAGAUACUGUUUCGGAUCAGUCGUGCUGCUGAUGAGAUGGAGGAUCUCUGCAGGAGAUAUCGACAGUUUUUGGCUGAUAGGAUGGAUAUUGUCUCAGAGGUUGGUGAUGGGGGAGAAUCUAUGUGGCGUGCUGCUUCUCGGGCUGCAGCUGGAAAUCGUGGUUUGGCUGAUUUGGAACGCGAUUUAGAUGACUUGAUCCAUGGGGAAAGGUCUGGUUGUGGGCUCAAUCCUUUCCUGGAGCGAAAUUUCUCGCACAUAAUCGCUGAGACCCAGGCUAGUUGCGGGGCCAAUGGAGCAGAUGCGCAGGCACAAGAGGAGAGUGAAUGCGAAUAUGAGCCGCCCGAGACAACUCCCCCACCCUCUAUUCCUAUAACACCAGGGGGUCAUCCCAAUUUAGGGGAGGGGCAGAUGUUUGCCAGCUACAUCCAGCCACCGCAGGCCACAUUUAUAGGGCAAAACAGCUGGUUUCAUAUGUAUGGCAGUGCACCGCAGGAUACUGUCGUGUUCAAUGACACACAGGAUCCAGUCGGUCAACCCAUAGAUUCGCAUGUCUUUACGCUAGAUGCGGAGCUUACUCAAGCAUCACAGAGAAUCUUUGAUUGUGUCAUGCGCCCUGCCAACGCAAGCGUCUCUGCGAACGUCUCCACGUCAAGUUCAGUGCCCCAGUCCAAGCCCACAGCCAUUCCAACUAUCAAGAGCUAUUUGGAGAACGUGAAUCAGGUAAAAAGAGGGGAAGGAAUGAGCAUCUUUGGCAUUUCGAGAUCAUUUCGACCAAGGCAUACGGGCGUGAUAUAUUUCCCGGUGAAGGCCAGAGCACCAGCUCCACAGCGGCAACCAAUACCAAGGUUCCGGCCCAUAAUAGACCUGCAACGGAUCAGAAUCUCACCAUCGCUUCAGCUUGCAGGUUACCAGAAUAUGCGUGAUGCCAUAGUAGCAGAAGAGCCGUCAAUAUCGUCUAUGCGCUACAAAUCGUCUCGCUUCCGAAUCAAUGCGAAGGGCGAGCUAGUUCCGAUUCAAGAUCCACGCGUUCAUGUCAAAGAGGAAACCGCACCAAUGACCGAGGAACCAGCUAGUGAGGAAAGUAAUAUGGAACGGCAGGAUCUGCAGAGAACAUCCGUCUCAAGGGUUGGAGCCAAAUGGUGGCUGUUUCUGCUUUGCAUCGCACUCUUGUGGUAUAUGCGAUCCGGUGGCGAGACUAAUCACCAGAAACUGCUUGAAACAAACCAGGAAUCGACAAACCUACGAACGAGAAUCCAGAGGAAUCGGGACUCUGAAUUCGAAUUUAUGCAAAUGUUAGCCUACGAGAUGAGCAAGAGAUCCAAUAUAGAUCCGAUAGCAUUAGGGUGA